AUGGCAGACCAUCCAGAAAGUAAUGGAAUUCAUAUUGAGGCGCAUCAACAACAAAUAAUACCUCAACAGCACCAGCAGCAACAAAUAAUACCCCAAGCUCAACAACAUGUUAAUGGACUUUCUACUGUUCCACAACAUCACAACAAUGAAUCCUAUGCCUCUAAUCCUUAUAUUACUCCUCAAAAUGAGGUACUUGACCAUUCAAAACACGAUCGUGAAAUAGUUAUUGAAGUGAGUCCAAAUGGUAGAUAUGCAAAGCUAAAUACAAUUUUAGGCAAAGGUGCUUAUAAAGUUGUAUUUAAAGGAAUUGAUCGUGAAGAAGGAUACGAAGUAGCAUGGAACUGUUUUCAGACGACAAAAGCAGAAUUUAAUGAAUUAAGUCAAGAAAUUAAAAUUUUAAAACAAGUACGGCAUCCAAAUAUCAUUAAUUUCCAUGAUUGUUGGUAUAAAAAUGAUGAAUUCAUAUUUGUUACAGAAUUAAUGACAUCUGGAACAUUAAGAGAGUACAUAAGAAAGCUCUCUUUACCAAAUAUGAAAAUAGUUAAAAGAUGGUCUAGACAAAUCCUUAAAGGUCUAAUAUAUCUUCAUUCACAUAACCCGCCAAUAAUUCAUCGAGAUAUCAAAUGUGACAAUAUUUUUAUAAACGGAGCGCACGGUGAAGUAAAGAUAGGUGACAUGGGAACAGCAAAAAUGAAGUUGGGAAAAAAGUAUACCGUCAUCGGCACUCCCGAGUUUAUGGCACCUGAAAUGUACGAAGAAAAAGGUUAUAGCGAGAAAGUCGAUAUUUAUGCAUUUGGUAUGUGUCUUCUCGAAAUGGUCACCGGCGAAUACCCAUACAGCGAAUGUCAAAAUGCUGCUCAAAUAUACAAAAAAGUCAUCCAAGGAACAAAACCUGAAAGCUUAAAGAGCAUAAAGGAGUCAGAGAUUUUGGAUUUAAUAAGUCACUGUUUAGCAACUGAAAAUGAAAGGUAUACGGCUCAACAAAUAAUGGAUCAUCCAUUCCUUACAGUUGAACCUGAAGUUGUAUUGAUGACAGCUGACGAAACAAAAACUCAUUUAAAACUUCAAGUUAUUUUCAAAGGAAUGGAUAAAUUGUCAGUAAAAUUUGAAUUUAAUGUUGAUAAAGAUACUGCCGAAGAUGUAGUAAAAGAAAUGAUUGAAGAGAAGGUUCUUGAUGUAAAAUAUCAACAAUUAAUUACGCAUGAAAUAAAAAGAAUUUUACGCGAUUUCAAUAAAUCAAGCGAGGAUGAUUUCAAAAAAGAAGAACACAAUACAACGUGGCCGUCACAAUCUGCAAAUUUGCCUUUUCAUGCAGGAAUGUCACCACGUUUGCAACCUAAAACUUCUUCUCAUGGAUCUUUAACUCCUAUAUCACUUGAAAGAGAUAAAUGGAUUGCCGAACUAGAAGAAACAUUUCCUGUAAAAGAAUAUGCUGAUGACGUAUUUAUAGAGGAAUUUGUUAAAGAGACAGCCACAGCUAGCAAUAGAGAACCAGAAAAGGCAAACGAAUGGAUAAUGAAAUUGAAAAAGCAAGAUAUUAUGAGAGUUGGAGAUUUGCGUGCAUUGUUAGAUGAGGAUUGGCAAGGGAUUGGGUUAACUGUAUUUGCUUUGCGUGCACUCAAGAAUGCCUUACAUGGCAAGACAAAAAAAAGUCCUAAUGUUAAUCAAAGGGCCGGUGGUGGAGAAGAAGGUCAUCAAUAA